AUGGCUCCUCCUCCCUCUGCAAACAUGCCUCUGGCCGAGAGGCUGAAGACCUUGGCUCAAACCCUCCAAUUUGCCUGGUUUGUCGGCCACCUGACCUUGCUGCUGUCCGUCUUUCGCUACAUCCUCUCUUACGUCUCCUUUAAUUACUAUUCCUCCGCCGCUCGCAUCUCCUAUCGCUUGGCUUUCAUCUCGGCCGCGGUGACCUAUGGAAUUGUCGUCUACAAGGGUCACUUCGCCCGAGGCGUCUCUGGCAGUCCAGCCCAGAUCGUGGUGAAGCUUAUCUCGGAUGAGAACGUACAAUACUUGGGCAUGGCGCUCGUCUGGCUCUACUCUCGUCAGCUUAUACUGGCCCUUCUGCCCUUCAGCGUCUACUCUGUCUUCCACGUUGCGACCUACACCCGCACCUACCUGAUUCCCACCGUGCAGCCCCCAGUUCCCAACCCUACAGGUCCCGCCUCGCCCACCUCGGGCAAGCCCGCCGUCAAGCAGAGCCCGCUCGCCGAGACCAUCGGCCGCUUCAUUAAGCAGUACUAUGAUGCCAGCAUGGGUGUCGUUGCCUCACUGGAGAUCCUGCUCCUCUUCCGCCUGAUCAUCUCUGCCGUGACCUUCUCCAAGGGCAGCUGGGUUCUGUUGGUCAUCUACCUGUCCUUCUUCCGUGCUCGUCACGCCCAGAGCUCGUUUGUCCAGGCAGCCGCGCGCCAAUUGACUGCUCGUGCCGAUGCUGCCAUUUCCCACCAGAGCACUCCACCCCAGGUUCGCCAAGGUUGGGAAGCCUUCAAGGGCGUUGUGCGUCAGGUCUACGAUGCCACCAACCUGGGCCGUUACAUCUCCGGACCUACUGCGGCUAACAAGAAGCCCCAGUAA